GAGCCGCGUUCGAAUACAAAUACACUCAACAAAUACGUGAAGGCUGCCAAAUAGGCGGGACUUCCUUUCCGGCCGUCAGCAGAGUUAGGCUGUUUUAUCUCAGUGCGCACGCAGUGCAACGAGAUCAGAUAGCGAGGUAAGCACAUGAUGCUGGGUCUUCUCCUGCGUGGCGGUCUGGGCCUUCUGGUCCUCUUGUGGUCCUUCAUACCGCCGUUAGUUUCUCUCCGGGACUUGGCAGAGCGCCCCAAGCUGCUCCUGGUGUCCUUUGACGGCUUCCGCUGGGACUACGUGAACCGCGUUCCCACACCUAACUUCCACAUCCUGAUGGAGGAAGGCGUGACAGUGGAGCGGGUGGAGAACGUGUACAUCACCAAGACCUUGCCCAACCACUACAGCCUGGUGACGGGCCUCUAUGCCGAGACGCAUGGCAUUGUUGCGAACGACAUGUUUGACCCGGUCCUCGACCGCUCCUUCUCCAUGGACACAGACAGCCUCUACGAGUCCCAAUGGUGGGAGCAAGCGGUACCCCUGUGGGUUACCAUCCAGAACUCUGGCGGGCGAAGCGCCGCCGCUAUGUGGCCCGGUUCCGACGUUAAGAUCCAUGGAAUGUUCCCGACUCGCUACCUCCCAUACAAUGCCUCAGUCGGUUUUGAGACCCGGGUGGAGCACAUAGUCAAAUGGUUCUCUGCUCCUGAGCAGGAGGCUGUGGAUUUCGGGGUCCUUUACUGGGAGGAACCGGAUGACAGUGGACAUGAUUUUGGGCCCGAGAGUUCCCUAAUGGACGCCGUCAUCGCCGACGUGGAUGAGAAACUCGGCUUCCUGUGCAACGAGCUGAAGAAGGCGGGCCUGUACGAGAGGGUCAACUUGGUGGUGACCAGCGACCACGGCAUGACGCAGCUGUUCGCCGAUAAGAUCAUUGAACUGGACCAGUAUGUGAGCAGAGACCUGUACACCUGGGUAGACAAGAGUCCCGUGGUGGGAAUACUGCCCAAAGAAGGGAAGCUCGAUGAGGUAUAUGAGAAGUUGGCUGAUGCCAACCCCUACAUGGCGGUCCACCUUAAGGACGCCAUCCCCGAACGUCUUCACUACCACCACAACGUCAGGAUCAUGCCCAUCCUGUUGGAGGCUCGGGAGGGAUGGACCAUCGUACAGAACAGGAGCACACCGCUCAUGCUGGGAAAUCACGGCUACGACAACACUCUGCGCAGCAUGCAGCCCAUCUUCUUGGCCCGUGGUCCGGCGUUCCGCCAGAACUACGUGAAGCCCACCAUGCGCUCCGUGGACCUGUACCCUCUCAUGUGCCACAUCCUGGCCAUCCCACCUUUGCCGAACAACGGCUCCUUCUCGAACGUUCGGGACCUGCUGCACCCAGAGCCAACAGUGUCUCCGCUCAGCUUCCCCACCCCUCCUGGGCUGGUGCGGCCUUCGUAUUUCCCCGUGGUGGUGGGUUCCCUCCUGGGCUUGAUGCUGGUCGUGGGCUUCCUGAUGAUGUUUGUGCAGCAGGUGACGCUCAAGCAGCUGCCCUCGCUCAAACAUGCCAGCAGGGAGAUGUCGCAGCCUUUACUGCAAGAGGACUUGCACCUGUAGUCGGACGCAAGCGGAAACGCUGGACUCGUAUCCCCGUCCUGGAGGAGAUCCGAUUAUGAGCAGGUGGGGAUUCUGGUCCAGUGUGGAUGCUUUUUGGUGGUAGGACUUUAAAACCUUUGAGCGAAGCUUUUAGUGGUUUUUCUUUGAUUGUGAACCUGGUUUCAAAGGGCUGGAAAAAUGUCUGGUUUCUCUAAAGUUUCCCGUCAAUAUCCAUUGGAACUUAAACUGGGGACUUUUGGAGAUAAUCUAUUCUUAAUUGGAAACUUUCCAUGAGGCUAAUGAAAUGCAAUUAUAUCAUCACAAAUUGACAUCAGCAAAAAAGUAGAAGCUGAAUAGAUUCAAAAAUACAUUUCCCCCAACUAUAUUUGAAUUUCCAACCAACCCUUCAAUUUGGUAGAUUACUGGUUCGCCGGCUGUUAUCUCAGUUGCAAUCAGAGUCAGCCCUAUUUUUUUUCGGUAUAAAUAGCACCAAACAGGUGGAUGAAGUCGACUUAAAAAUGUUCUGCCUUGUGAGGUACUUUUAAAGGGUAAUAUAUACUUAUGCAAUCCUGUGACAGGGUUGUCAGUUUCCCUGCCCUUUUGCAUCGAAAGCAGAUUUUUACAUCAGCAGAUGUGACCUUUGGCAUUAUCUAAUUACCCAUUUGCAUGAUGUAGCGCUGCUGUGUGAAAACACACAGUCGCUUCAUUGGCCUGCUUUUGCACGGAUAAAUCGGAGGUCUUCUGUUACAGUUCUGAUGAGGCUAUUUUGUGGGAUCAUUGUGUGAUAUCGACAAGUAUUUUGAAGCUGAAAAAAGUUUCUGCUUUUAUGCAAAAGGGACCAAAAAAACCUGAGGUAUUGCAGCUCUUAUUUCCAUGUUCAACGCCCUUCUGGGCAAUAUGGAAAAUACCGCCAUAAUUAAUGAGGCUGGGAUUCUGAAACAAAGCAAAGACUAUGAGACAAUCUCUCAUCAAAAUGGCGUGAGGGAUGGCAACGUGCCCUGGAAAUACGUUACCCUCCUACGGAAAGCUGUUUUUGCAUUUAAUUUCCUUGAUAUCUAUUUUAAGGUCCAUACACUAGUAGAGGGACUUACUAGUAGCACCCCCCCUCCCCCUACUCCUGCCUUCCAUGAAUGUAUGACAUUUCUGCACACUGGAGAACAGAUAUUAGGACAAGUACAUGUUACUACUGAGGCUAAAUGACACUUGUCACCUUAACCUGGAUGUCAAGGAUAUUGAAUAACUGCGGAAACGGCUAUCCGUAUCCUCCUGUGUUUGAAUGUCACCUGGCAACCACUCAGACUUGCCAAUCAUCCAAUUCCGAAUCGCUUUCGUGUCCUAGAGCCUUUGCGUGUGGUCUGUUCUUUUGGAUGUAUUUCUAUGUUGGUGCAAUGUAUAGUGCAGUUUUGCCAUUGUGAGUAUUUUCCUCUCUUUGGAGGUUUUAUUUUUUUCCACCUCGUUGCUUUGGGCCAGAACUGUUCCUGCGAUUUGCACUACAUGACCGAUAGGGGGCAGUAGUCAGGUUAUGUAUACUUUCCGAUUCAUGUUGUUGUGAAAAAAAUAAGUAAAUAAAAAGUUAGGUGCCUCUAGCCAAAAGCUUUUAAGUCAGUGUGGACACAAAGGUGUUAGCAAAUUAUUUAGUAUUUCUGUGUCUAUGGCUUUCAGAUUAACAAGGUACCGAAGUCCCCCCAAAAUGACACUGUGAUGUAUUGUUUUUCAAUUUCUAUGAUACAUUUUGAAAACGAAAGAGGAAAAAAUGUCUCGCUGACAGAUGAAUGAAACGUGCAGACACGCACAAAUUUGAAUGAUUUGCUCAAAGAACGAUGGCUUGAGUUGCAUUUGUAAAAUGUAACAAAUUGUGUCAAGACAUGUACCGUAUUUGCUAUGUUGACGGAAUUAAAACAUCUUCUGAGUUAAAAGGACUUUCAA